GAUUUUUGUGGGUGUAGAUGUAUGAAGAUACCGGAGAAGACAAACUGGCAUCGCUGUUGUUGAAGGAAAUAAGUAAACACGUCACUUCGAGCACUGUAAUGGGAUACGUUUAUAAUUUCUUGUUCAUGUACAUGUUUUAAUAGAUUCUGCUAAAAUGAGCGCUAUAUUCAAUUUCCAAAGCUUGCUCUCCGUGAUUCUGCUGAUGAUAUGCACAUGUACAUAUUUGCGUUCGCUGUUUCCUAGUUUAGUAGAUAGAAAUAAGACUGGUAUGUUGGGCAUAUUCUGGAAGUUGGCAAGGAUAGGUGAAAGGAAAUCUCCAUGGGUUGGACUGGCCUGUAUUCUGAUGGCGGCGUCAAUAUUGUUUUACACGUAGGAAUGUUGUGAAAUUUGUAUAAUAUAAAAACGUUAAAGUCGA